AGGGACUCCUGGCCUGGAGGAGGAAGGCUCCUAACUUAAGUUGAUCGUCAUCUCUGCCAGAGACGGACGCAGGGCCAGGCUGGGAGCAGAGGGUCAAAACCAGAGCAAAGGGGAAGGGAGGAGGGGAAGGGGGGGUUCAUUUCUGGAACAAAUGACGAGAAGAUUCCUCUUUGCAUUCUGCAGCUUCGGGGAAGGUUUGCCAGCAUGCAGCAGCAAGGCGGGGAAAGGAAAGAAGGAAAGCCAGAGCCACCAGCAGUGAUGGGAGAUGGGAGCCAAGGCACGGACAGAGGGUGGGCAUGGGCAGCGGUGCUGCACUUCUUCCUGGUCAAUGUGUUCGUGAUGGGAAUGCUCAAAACCUUUGGCAUUUUCUUCGUGGCUUUCCAAGAGGAUGUGGGAGGCUCCUCAGAGCAGGUCAGCUGGAUUGGCUCCAUCAUGUCCUCACUGCGCUUCCUAGGAGCCCCACUGGUGGCUGUGGUCUGCAGGCGGAUUGGAGAGCGGCCGACCUCCAUCCUCGGGGCUGGACUGGUCAGUGGGGGCUGCCUGCUCAGCACACAGGCCACCAGCGUCCCAUUCCUUUGUGUCUCCAUGGGACUCCUGCUGGGCAUGGGGUUCUGCUGCCUAUACCAGGCAGCAGCUGUGAUGACGGCCAAGCGCUGCAGGACCCGGCUGGCUUUCUCCAAUGCCAUUGCACGCUCAGGGAUGGGCCUCACCUUCCUGACUGCACCCUUCACACAGCUGCUCAUCGACACCUAUGGCUGGCAGGGCACCCUCCUGAUUUUCAGUGGCAUCAUGCUGAACCUCGUGCCUUCCAGCAUGCUGCUGCGCCCCGUCCGCACCCAGCUGCCCCCGUGUCCCAAAGCCAGCCAUGAGGACAGGAGCUCAGCACCCAAAGGAGAAGCAGGAGCCCUCGCAGGACACCUCGAGGAAGCCACCAAUGGAGCAGCACAGCCACGCAGUGCUCAGGACCUUCCCAGCACAGAGGCACCUGCAGAGCCCUGCAGCACUGCUGCAGUAACCACAGCAGCACCAGGAAAAGCCCCCACUGCCAGCAGCUGCCCUGAAACCAUCAAUGAGGUCGUGAAGAGCUGCAGAUCCCUCCCUGUGCUCAAAGAGGAGAAAUCACAGCCUCUCAUCGACUUCUCCCCCCUAAAGGAUCCCCUCUUCUUCAUUUUUACCUGGUCCUUCUUGUUCAGCCACCUGGCCUACUUUGUGCCCAUCUUCCACCUGGUAGCCAGAGCCAGGACGUUGGGCAUCAGCAGCAUGGAUGCCUCCUACUUCAUCUCAGUGGCCGGCAUCACCGAGACGAGCAGCCAGCUGCUCUCAGGUUGGAUUGCAGACCAGAACUGGACCAAAAAAUACCAUUACCAUGCAGCUUACCUGGUGCUCUGCGGUGUCACCAACCUGCUCUGCCCCUUGGCCACCACCUUCCCUCUGCUCAUGACCUAUGCUGUCACCUUCGCCAUCUUCUGCGGUGGAUUCCUGGCUCUGGUGCUCCCUGUGCUGGUAGACCUGGUCGGCGUGCAAAAACUCCACAGCUAUUUGGGCUUUGCUUCCUUCUUUGCUGGGAUAGCAGCUGUUGGUGGACCUCCUCUAGCAGGGUGGCUGUAUGACUCCACGCAGACUUACGCCUGCUCGUUCCUCUUUGCUGGUGCCUGUGCUCUGCUCUCUCCUGUCUCCUUCUUCUUGGAGCCGCUGGCACAGAGGUGGAAGCUGCAGAAAGUCCACGUUCCCAUGCAGAGUGAAGCCAUCCUGCAGGGCAGCACGGGAAGGACUGGCUUUGGUUGCAGCCAGACGUCUACCAGCGCAGACCUGCAAUGUCAAAGCAAGAAUUGUUAGAUGCUGCACACCCAGAUGUGUCAUUAAAGCCACCAAAACAUGCGGUGUGAAGUGUUCUUUGGCAGGGCUGGAAAUAUGGGCUACCCCUGAGCUCCUGCCCUACACCCCCACCCCGGUGCUGGGAUCCACCAAGAGCUGAGGCACAGCAGGAGCUUUAGCUUAUUAACUCUCAUACAGCUAAUUAGCAGCAGGGAAGGAGGCAGGAACAGGGAUAGGUAGCAGAGAGAAGAUCUGAACCUCCAACGGGAUGCAAUAACAGCUGGGCACUGCAUGAAUGAUCACAGCAGAGGGCUCAGAGCUGAACUCGCUCUCCUUAAAGCCAGGAGCACAGUAGGGCAGAAUCACACCCACCCAUCAGGAUCCUCUUCCCAAAGCAGCAGAACCCACAAAGCCUCAGCCCCACACGUUGGCCCCACGCUGACAGCUUCCAUUUGGAUGGAUGAGGAGUGUUGUUCCCCUGUAGGAACAUCACUUGGGCGAUUCCAAGCACAAAUGAAGUGCUCUGUAUGGCACAAGAAGCUGCAGUGGUGUUGAGGAGCUGCAGGGAGGAAGGUUGGCUCGCAGGUAAUGGGCCAAAUUCAGUAGGCACACAACUAAGUGAUGCCAAAGAAAUCGUGAGGGAAACAUGAGAGCUUUGAAUUUGCAGUCAGUGGGGAUAUCAGUGGUAUGAAAUGCUUUGCUUUUUCAUAGACCUGCCCAUCUCCUGCAGAAAUCCACCUGCGUUAGAAAUUGUCCUUUGCACCUUUAUAGCACGUGAUUCAGCUGUGCCAGCUCAUCCUUGGGGCUGGGGGAGGAUCUCCAGUGGGUCAGCUUCUGAGCAACAGGGCUGUAAGGCUGAAGCAGACCACAUGAGGCACUAAGGGAUAAAGAGGGGUGAGUGGAACCACUGUGACUGGUUGUGAGCCAGUCCUGCACCGAGCAUCAGGCUGACAGCUGCAGCAGAGAUUAAGCUUUCAUUGGCAAAUUUAAGUUUUCACUUCUUGAAAUAUUCAAGCUCCUAUUCGUGUUCCUGCUGAACAAAUGAAGACUGCCGCUUUUGCUGCUGCAAUAGGAACUGUCCUGGCUGUGGUGGCCUACAUUUGGCUUCAGAUUUUCCAAAUCAGGAGCUUCAAACAAAGCCACAACCCUCUCAUUUUUCACCUCAAACACACGUGCUGUGCUUCCUGCUACCCAGCAUCAUGAGAUGCAGCAAACGGAGCUGAUCCACAGCCUCAGUCCACUGCACUGACCUCUCUGCCUGCUUUGUAGCACCCACCUACUGCAUGCUCUAACCUCUCCCAAGCAAGCACUGCUGUAUUUUCACCUUUUUCCCCCAUGGAGAACCAACCUACAGCAGGACAGGGUGCAUGCAUCCCCAUCUUAUCUCCAGCAGCAGUCCCCACCUCCUGGUUUUUGGGGAGCAUCUUCUCCCAUCCUCUCCCCUUGUGCUCUUUCCAAUCCAAGAGCUUAAAAAUUAAAACAAAACCCAACAACCUUUCAGUCUCAUUCUGCACCUCUAACACACGUGCUUUGCUUCCCACUGCCCAGGGGUGCAAGACCCAACAAUCAGAGCGACGUGGGGGCAGAGAUGCUCUCCAACACAGUGACACACCACUGCUUCCUUACCCUUAUUUAGGAAAACUGAGGGUCUCCACCAUGCCUGCACCCCCACCCCCUUCUGCAAACAGCUCUGAAUUCCCCAUUUCCUGCAGCACCCAACCCACAGCCUGAACACCAGCAGCCCAGAAAUGGCUCAGCAUAGGCAGGGUACCUUUCUU